AUUUAGUCAGGGUGCAAAAUUCCAAUCCACGAAAGUGGCAAUUGGGUAAGCCGAACGAGGAAUGAGCAAGGUCCGAGUCACUGUCAUCAAACAGCUCAAGCCUACAAGUACAAUUUUUCCAAUUUUCUUUCCCCCACCAAAGAUUUUCUUUUAUAAAUUCCUGUUUGGUUGUCAAGAAAUCGAGCGAGAAACUCUGAGAAAGUGACGCCGUGUAAUUUUCCAUUCCAUCGCACAAAAUGAGUAGUGGGGUUACAUCUUCAGUUUCCCAAUCCCCUUUUUCACUUGUGCCCACUAAACCAAAAAUUACCCAUUAUUCAUCUCAAUCUCUCCUUCUAUUUCGCUCCUCUUCAACUCCUUCAAAUCUCAAAUUUCGAAGAAUUUCACAUUUUCAACCAAAUGGGUCUCCCAGAUUCAUAGCCCGUUGCAGCUCCGGUGAUGGUGACAGCAGGACUGUUUUAGAUGCGUUUUUCUUAGGAAAAGCUUUGGCAGAAGCCUUAACUGAGCGAAUCGAGUCAACAGUUGGAGAGGUUUUGAGUGGGAUUGGUAGGCUGCAAGCUGAACAACAAAAACAAAUUACUGAUUUCCAGGAGGAAGUGAUAGAAAGAGCUAAAAAGGCCAAGGAUAAAGCAGCACGUGAUGCCAAGGAAGUACAAGGGCCUGUUUCCUCUUCAAUAACAUCGCCUACAAUCGAAGUUACUUCAUCUCCAACUCCUUCGACCAAUCGACAACAACUCUCAAAUCCUGACCAAGAUUCAGAAACUGUUGUGAAUCAGGAUCCUCCUCUUGGUGACAAAGAGUAAUUGUCUUCAUGUCAAUUUCUCUUGGUUAGACAUAAUGAAUGUAACCUAUUUACCGAAGAUAAAUAAUUUAUUUGGUCUUAAAAUCAUAUAGUAAUUACCUUCUUAAGGUUUUGUCUAUUAGAUA